AUGGCCGCGCAAUCGUUCCCUAGCCCCUACGAUUACAUCCAGGGACUACGAGGAGUUAACAGCACCUUUCUCACGGAACAGCAUGUUCCUGGUGCCGAUCUCACAGGCAAAUGGAUCAUCAUAUCAGGUUCUAAUCAUGGCGUCGGCUUUGAAGCGGCGAAAUCUCUUGCAGCAAUGGGCGCAAAUAUGAUUCUGGCCUGUCGUGAGCCCCCAGCGUGGGAACUUCAUCCGACCACGGCUGUGAAACAAUGCCAGGCUCUCUCCGAGGCGCAGGGCCAUUCGUCAACUAUUGAAUGGUGGGAAGUUGACAUGGCAGAUCUCGACAGUGUCGAGGCUUUGAGUCGAAGGUGGAUAGAAUGCGACCGCGCCUUGGAUAUACUUUGCAACAAUGCUGGACUUGUCUCUGAAUCGCAGAGCAGCAUGACGAAGGACGGCUUUCAGUUGGUCCAUCAAGUCAAUUUUCUAUCCCACGUUCUGUUGACGCUUCGUCUACUUCCAUCCUUGGCUCGUAGUGCAGAGCCUCGAAUUAUCUGUACAACUUCAUGCAUCCACCAUCUCGGACUCUUUGACAUUGACCAUUUCAAUGGUGGGCCGAAUAUGAAAGGCAACGAUUAUAAGAACAACAAACUCUACUACCAGACGUGGGUUACAGAGCUGCAAUCUCGAUUUCUCAAACAUCCAGAGUAUCUCCACAUCACAGUCAAUGGUGUCAACCCCGGAUUUGUUGCGUCAGGGAUCUGGAAGCCCCUAAUAGCCACCGAGAAUAUUCCUACCAGGAUUCUAAAUCUCCUCUUGCGAUUCGUCGCGAUUACACCGCAGCAAGGGAGCUUGGCCAUCACCCAUGCAGCCACCUGUCCGGAGUUCGGACCAGAUCCCCAGAAGCAAGGUGUCGGUCAUCCAAAUGGACGGGGUGGAGGUAAAUAUAUCAAUCGCAUUUGGGAAGCGCCGCCCAAAUUCCAUUGCAACGAUCCGGAGGCUCGAUCCAGACUGUGGACCAAACUAGACGAGGAGCUUCAUCUUCAAGAAAAGGGGCUUCUCGCGAUCCUCGGUCUUUAG